GUUCCAUCAAAACUUUUUCGUCUUCCUCCUGAGGCUUGAGCAGUUGAGCUCCUCUCUUUCCUCUAUUUCCCUUGGAAUUCCAUCACAAACAGGUGCUGAAAGACCCUAAUUUCAGGCCGUUGAAGCUCAAUUCCUCUUUCAGGUUGUUUCCUCCAUCGAUUUUUACAACUUCCUGAGUUCUGAGGGAUUCUUGAUCGUUCUUGGUGUGCACAAUCCUCUUUAAGAUCAGAGGAGUUAGGGUUUCAUUGUGUUUCUUAUCCAUCCCCGAAAUUCUCUUCGUGAUAUUGGGCUUUAACUUGCCGUAAUUGGAUUUUCCGAUCGGGGGAACCGGCUCUGUUAAUUAACUGCGCGCCCAAAGACCCUGAUUUUGGAGCGAUCUUCCAAACGUUUCUGUUAAUUACUCUUUCCUAUGAUUUCCAAUUGAUUUAGUGUUCGGUGGGUCUUUGUGAUUGGACCAAGAUUAGCGAGUAGCGACAUGGAUUCGAGCAGACAAGCCGUUGAGUCUUACUGGAGAUCUCGCAUGAUCGAUGGCGCCACAUCGGAUGAAGAUAAGGUCACUCCUGUCUAUAAAUUAGAGGAAAUUUGUGAGCUUCUUCGGUCUUCUCAUGUCAGCAUUGUGAAAGAAGUUUCUGAAUUUAUCUUGAAACGGCUCGAACACAAGAGCCCAAUAGUCAAACAGAAGGCUCUAAGGCUGAUCAAAUAUGCGGUUGUUAAAUCUGGUGUGGAAUUCCGGAGGGAGAUGCAACGUCAUUCGGUGGCAGUGCGCCAGUUGUUUCAUUACAAGGGCCAAUUGGACCCAUUGAAAGGAGAUGCACUUAAUAAGGCGGUUCGUGAUACAGCUCAUGAGGCUAUCUCAGCAAUUUUUGCUGCAGAGGACAGCAAGCCUGCACCUGCCGAAGAACUUACGAAGCGAAUACAAGGAUUUGGUAACACUAAUUUUGAGAUGCCAUCAGAAGAGAAGAAGUCAUUUCUCAGCGAGGUAGUUGGCCUUGGAAGUGCUUCUAUCAAACAAGGACUUAGUACUCUCACUGGAGCUCAUUCCCUGAAGAAGAAUGAUUCCGGGAGUUACAAAAGCCCAACCUUGCGAAGGUCAUUGACAACAGAUAUCGACAACUCAGAUAGAUAUGAAGGAAUUGAACCUCAUAGCCAAACAAAGGGUUUUUCUGGAAUCUCUAGUGAAGGUGCUGGAACAUGGGGUCAGGAUUCAAGAGAAAACAUGAUGGCAACAACAAAUGGAGACUCCAACUCAAGUUACUCAGGGAACAAGAGUCGUGAAGAAAAGCUACUGGAGACAAUUGUUACAUCCAGUGGUGUUCGUCUACAACCCACUCGUGAUGCCAUUCAGACUUUCCUUGUGGAGGCCUCAAAGCUGGACGCAAUGGCUUUAAGUCACGCCCUUGAAUUAAAGCUUCAAUCUCAUUUAUGGCAGAUCCGUAUGAAGGCUAUCUGUGUCCUUGAUUCAAUUUUAAGGAAAAGGGAUGAUGCACACUUUUCAACCAUAGUCACCUAUUUUAGUGAGAACAAAGAUACUGUUGUGAGAUGCUCUGAGUCUCCCCAAGCUUCACAGAGGGAAAAGGCAAACAGGGUCUUGAGCCUUCUAAAUGGAGACCAGACUGUCGGAGUAAAUUUUCCAGAAAAGCAAUCUAUUGUGGAAGCGAAAACCACUACUGUUGUUCAGUUGCCUGAUUUAAUAGAUACUGGUGACUCCAGUGAUUAUUAUGGGAAGGAAGAUUCUACCCAGAAGCAAAGUGAUCAGAGUGUUGUAGAUUUGAUGAAAUCUGCCACCCCUACAAUUGUUGAUCUGCUUGGAGAUAGUUUGGAUGCUGAGGCAGGCACUAAUGGACAAAAUAAUGAAGAAGAUCCAUUUGCAGACGUCUCCUUUCACACUACUGAGGAUCAAGAACAUGUCAAUGACCUAUUUUCGGGUUUGGCAGUUGAUGAUAAGCAGGCAGCUGCUGAGGUCCAUGUGCCAGCAAAUAAAAAUGGAGCACCAUUGUUGGAUAUUUUUGGUCCCAUUUCUGACCAACUUCUUCCAGAAAACAAGAAUGAUAGAAAAAAUUCGGAUGAUUUAAUGUCUGAUUUGUCCAUCAAUGGCAAGACCUCAGAGACUAAGCAACAAGGAAAUUUCUCUGGGGUGUUUCCUGAAGCAGCAGCCCUCCCAAACCCCAGCAUUCAACCAAGUCAUUCAACACCAAAUGAUCCUUUGAAUGGAAUAUUUAAUUUGCAGACAGUUGGGAUGAACCAAAGUGCUAUGCGUUCAUUAGGUUCUAUGUACAACUUAUCUCCUAACGUUGUCUACAAUCCAGCUUUUGCUUCACAGUCAAUGAACCAUGCUGCAAUGGGAAAUUAUCUUGCUCAACAACAACAACUACUAGCAACAAUGUCUAACUUCCAACACCUUGGCCAUCUAAAUUCUCAAGGAAAUGCUGGUCUAGGACAUUCUGCUGGUAACAGUAGGGAAGGAGCAUAUGCAUCCCCACUCCCUGACAUUUUCCAUCCAAAUGUUCCAGUUCAAGUUUCAAAUCCAAUGAUUAACAGCUCAAAGAGAGAGGAGACAAAAGCCUUCGAUUUUAUCUCGGACCAUUUAGCUGCAGCCCGUGAUCCGAAGAAGGUGAUUUGAAGCUCUAUGCAACUAAUGCUUGUGGAUGAACAGCUUUCUACUUCAUGACGACCUACUUGCUAAGUGCAGAUUGAAGCAAAUUAUUUUAUUUCAACAAAGUUAGUCAAUAUAUUCUUUUGCAAUAAUCAAAUCUCUUUGCCUCGAAUUAAUCGGUAAUGUAGGAUGUUAUAGUGCCCUUAUGUGGUUGGAGACUUGAGUUAUUUAAAAAAGAGGCAGGAGAAAAGAGAUGUGCAGGGGAGAAGAGAGGGUGGAGAGAAAUGGUCGGAGAUGUAUCAUAAUCCAUAAGACAGAAACACGGUUGAAGAUAUGCAGUUGGCUUCGUCAAUUUUUUGGAUUCCGUUGUGCAUGUAUUGAUUGCAUUUCUGCUCUCUUCUUUAGUAGGCAUGUUAGGCUGAGUUUUCUUGUAGAAGCAAUGACAGAAAUGACGAAGUUUUUCCUCGUUCCUCAA